AUGAUCCCCACGAAUGGAGUCACGCCCCAGAAGGGAAUCGUCGGUGGCCGCAUCGCUACGGAGGCUUUACUCGCUCCGGCUCUCGUUAUACAUCAGCGGAAUGAGCAGACACUUUGCGUCCAACCCAGAACGGGUUACGUCUACGAUAAGCACAUGAUGCUCCACAGAGAUGAGUACGGCGAUCCAAUGCUGCCCGAAGAUCAGCAUCCUGAACAACCUAGCCGGAUCUCUCGCAUUAUGCACACUAUCCUCGAGGCAGAUUUGCUCAAGUGCAUGCUCCGUCUCCAAAUACGGUCUGCCUCUCGCGAAGAAGCAUGUCUGAUCCAUUCGGCCCAACUGUGGGACGAACUUGAAAUAACUUCGACGCUCGAUCAAGCGGUUCUGGACGAUAGAGAGUUCAGGCAGCAUCUUCGAUACCAUUCGCUAUACGUGAAUCACCACACCGCAACAUGUGCAAAGCUAUCGCUUGGCGGUGUCCUCGUUUCAGCCAUCGCUGUGGCAGAGAAGCGUGUCAGCAACGCGUUUGCUAUUGUUCGCCCGCCUGGUCAUCACGCUGACCCAGAUCAAUCAAGCGGAUUCUGCUUUUUCAACAACGUCGCCGUUACCGCAAAGUAUCUCCUCUGCCAUUAUCGCGAGGGCCCUGCUCCGAUACAACGCAUUCUUAUCUUAGACUGGGACAUCCAUCACGGGAACGGCACUCAAACGGCUUUCUAUGACGAUCCUAAUGUGCUCUUCGUUUCCAUUCAUCGGUUUGACAUUCGCGGCGGCGAGCGUUUUUAUCCCGGCCGGCCCGAAGCUGACAUGACAUUUGUUGGCGAGGGUGCCGGGCGCGGCAAGAAUGUCAAUAUACCUUGGGAUCAAGCGGCGAUGGGGGAUGCAGACUAUCUCUACGCCUUCGAUACAAUAGUCAUGCCGCUAGCACGCGAAUUUGCUCCAGAUUUCGUAUUAAUCUCGGCGGGUUUUGACGCAGCAAAGGGCGACGAACUCGGCGGAUGCCUUGUCUCGCCCGCAGGUUACGCCCACAUGACGCAUAGACUUGCUUCGCUGGCAGGCGGCCGGCUUGUCGCUGCGCUCGAAGGUGGCUACAAUAUUGAGGCAAUCUCCCAAUCCGCUCUAGCAUGUAUACGUGUCAUGCUGGGCGAUGCGCCACCUGCAUUACCGUCUCUGGCACCGUGCGCUAGCGCUGUCAAGACUAUCCACGACGUUGUUGCAAUCCAAUCUCGCUUUUGGAAGACCAUGCGUCCUCGCUACGAGCCACUGUCCGAUGACAUCCUGCCACUUGCUACAGAGCUCAACCGGGCUCUCUUGCCUUUCGAAGCGAUCGUGAAGCGUAAACAUUCGCAGAUGAUCUCUGUCGCACUCGGUGAACCCACGCUCUCUUCACAUUUCGAUCGACAAGUGUUUGUGUCAUCGAGCAUCCGCACAGCGACCAAAGCUAUCCUGUGGAUACACGAAGGGUCUGUUCUGUCAAUCAAGCUCAAUGCUGCCACAGGCGAGCCAGCAUCCUCCGAAUCUUUCAUCUAUGAUAAAAGCGAGUUGAUAUACCGCCUGUCCAACGAUCAGCAGUGGGCCGUCGUUGACGUAAACGUUACUUUGCCGGCGCCACUUCAUUCACAUAGCAAAGAGGGCAAACGAUUGAGAACAGCGCUGAUAGCGCAUGUAUGGCACAGCUUGUUCCGUAACAGCGACAUCAGUAUGAGCGAAAUCGAUCGGGUUGUCAUCAUUGCCGAUGGCCGCGGUUGCCAGGCAUUCUCAGAUGUCAUGGCUGACGUUGAUCUGGCGGACCUGGAGCAAAUUUCCGCGGCAUGCGUUCUGACGCCUAGCCCACUGCAGCCUCUGAGACCCUUGCGGGCGACCGCAGGUUGGAGCAAGAAGAGCGUUCUUCACAUCGCGAGCGAGUCAACAGAUGCUAAGACAGAUGCUAAGACGCUCAGGAGGCAAGCAAUGCUCAAGACAACUUAUGCAGAAGGUUGGCAAUGUGACUUGGCAAAGGUACUGUCUGAUAUGGUUGGCAGUCAUCUUGACCAACGGGCAAGCAUCGACGCACAACCUGAUCAAAGAAUGGCCAUUCAUUGCUCACUUCGUGUGCGCAAGGAUGGUCAUAGAUCAAGUGCCUGCCAAAUUAGACUGACCAGUGCCGCGCAACCGGUUCUCGUUGGGACGUGUUCAGUCUGA